AUGUUUGGUGUAAUCUGGUUGUAAAAGGAAACAACAAGAACCAGCAGGUUCUAGAUUCUUAAACAGGAUUGAAAAGCAUAAGCCAAGACGUUAAAGAAGAGAAAUAGUGAGGAGAAAAGGGAAGGAGGUGACAUGGAAAGCGAAGCCACCAAUAAGUCAAGAGUUGUAAUGGUGGAGUCAGGGGAGUCUUGGGACUUCUAUAUCUCCCAAGCCACCACUCAAACCUGCCCUAUCGCUGUUCACUUUACUGCCUCAUGGUGUAUGCCAUCAGUGGCCAUGAACCCAAUUUUUGAAGAUCUGGCUUCAGCUCAUCCAGAUAUCCUGUUUCUCACUGUUGAUGUGGAUGCUGUCAAGGUAAUCAAUUCAUUGUUCGACCCAAGAAUUGCACAUAUCUAGCCAUCCAUGCUUACCUUUCUGCAUAUGAAACAAGUCUUUGAAUAUGUAUGCAUGCAUGUAUGCUGCAGAUAUUUGUUAGUGCUAUCUUUACAAAGAUACGACUUCAAAUAUUUGGUGAUUUGAUUCCUUCACAUGAGGCUGGGAAUGAGCACCGUGUGGUUUCUAGUGGAAA